AUGUCCUCCUCCACCUCUACCGACAUGUCCACCUGGGAAAAGGCCUACCACAACGCAUGGCGACACUUUCACACUCGAAUCUUGGACGUGUUGGAAAGACUAGCCUGGCAAAGUUCAUCCCCAGAGAACCGCCAAGAGACCAUCGAGCAGUUAGGCCGGCUUCCAAUUGAGGUAGACAGAAUCAGGACCACCGGCCAAGAGAUGUUUGAACAUGUUCCAGGAUGUCAGACUGUCCGAGACCAUCAUCUCACCUACUUCGCAAAUGAGUUUAUGCGGGACUGUCACAAGCUUGAUUUCAAGCUUGAUAUGCUGCUAUGGCGUCUCAUGAAUAGUCCAAGUAGCGACAGAAAAGUCUACAACAAUCUUCUCAUGCUACUUCAUACUAUCCAGGAUCGGGUUCCCAAUUAA